UCACUACCGCUCUAACGAGCAGCACACCGGCUAAACCCUAUCACCACAGCGGUCCGAUCCACCAAAGUUUCUCCGAGGGAAGAAGUAUAAGUACAACGUAAACCUACAAUUCGUACGGGAGGCCAGUGUGAAUGACGACUACACCGUUUUUUUUUUGGAGAAAGUCUUACAGAUGCUAAUUUCUCCGGGAAUGGAGUAAAGCAGCGGAUAGAAAGGUGGAGCAGAGCGAUUGGCAGCUUUUUGGAGGUGGGCAGAACUAAUGGCGCGAUCCGCGUAACAUCUACCGAGGGGACCGACCGAGAGGAGUGGGAAAUAUCUUCCAUCAACACGCACAAUAAUACCACUACAAACCGCGAGUAGCCAGGAUGUUGUCCACGUUGUCGCGGCUGAGAGAGCUAAUAUGGCAGGACUGGAUUUGGUUCCCCCCUGGGCUGGGCUGGGCCGACCUGCAGGACCAUGACGGCAAGGUGUACCCCAAGAUGGGGGACCUGUGGUUCAUCCUACCCGUGGCCCUCUGCUUCCUGCUGAUCCGGCAGGUCUUUGAAAGGACGGUGGGCACCCCCAUGGCCGGCCUGCUCGGCGUGAAGGACAAACACAGAGUCAGCGCCACGCCCAAUCCAGCCCUGGAGGCGUACUUCUGUCGCACAUCAAAGCACCCCGAACCGAGCUGCAUAGAGAGUUUGAGCAAGACGUCGGGGUACUCUGUGCGUCAGGUCCAGCGGUGGUUUCGGCGGAGGAGGAACCAAGACCGGCCCAGUAAGGUCAAGAAGUUCCAGGAGGCCAGUUGGAGAUUUACAUUUUACCUUAUUGCUUUCUUUGCUGGCCUGUGGGCUCUUAUUGAUAAACCAUGGUUUUGGGAUAUGAAGGAGAUGUGGACCGGCUUCCCUAAAAUGCCGCUGCUCCCCUCCCAGUACUGGUAUUACAUGUUGGAGCUGGGCUUCUACGUCUCAUUGGUUUUAAGCGUUGCAACAGACGUCAAGCGCAAAGAUUUCAAAGAGCAGAUAGUUCACCAUGUGGCCACCAUCCUCCUCAUCAGCUUCUCCUGGCUGGUGAACUACAUCCGAGCUGGGACGCUGAUCAUGCUGGUGCACGACACAUCCGACUCCCUCAUGGAGUCUGCCAAGAUCUUCAACUACGCUGGAUGGAGAAGAACCUGCAACUUCUUCUUCACCAUGUUUGCUGCAGUAUUCAUCGUGACCCGUCUUGUCAUCCUCCCCUUCUGGAUCAUACACACAACGUGGGUGUACCCCCUGACCCUCUACCCCGCCUUCCCCGGCUUCUACUUCUUCAACGGCCUGCUGAUCGUGCUACAGUGUCUGCACGUCUUCUGGGCCAUCCUCAUCCUGCGUAUGGUCGUCAAGUUCCUGCCGGGAAAUCAUAUCGUGGCGGAUGAGAGGAGCGACCACGAAGAGAGCGAGACUGAAGACGAGGACGCGGAGCACAGCAGGAAGGAGGUAUCCAAGAACGGCCACGCACAAAACGGCCACACGCCACUGAACAACAAUCACGGCAAGAUGGAGUGACUGGGCCGAGGGCAGGAGCCAAGGAAAAGGACAUGUCGGAAUGAAAAUAAAAUGGCGCCUUAACAUCAAGCCUGCAAUUUGAAGGCCAAAGAUCGGGAGAAAUGGUUUGUGUGCAAAGGUCAGGCAUGCAUUUCCCCCCCUCCCUACCCUACACACACACUCACACACAAACACACACACACACAAACUUAAACCCCCAAAAAGCUUCCGCAUACACUCUUUGUGAUAUCAAUGAUACUAGUGAGUAACCUUCUGAAUUCCAAAUGCUCCUUUUUUUUGUUUUGUUUAAAAAAGCCAUGUAGUACAUUGGAACUACUCUUUAGAUCACAGUCAAGUAAAACAAGGACACAAACUGUCUGCGGUGGAAAGUUAGCAGCGGCAAAAAAAAAAAUUGACUGUCAAAAGAAUUGGUUUCUUUAUCGUUGUAACAUAGUGUUUUAUGUUAUCAAAACUCUCCUUUUUCGAGGGUGUCCUUAAAGUUUUCAACGGAGGACGUCGUCAAGUCCACCCUAGGGUUUGCCCCCCCCCCCCCCCCCCCCCACUGGUAGCGUUCUGUUUCCGGUAACUGGAAACAGUUCACUGGGGGGCGAGGGGGGCUCCUUAGCAGUUUCACGGUCCUUAAAACAUUUCUGCUGCCUUUCUCGUCCGUUUGAGUCCGUUUUCUUCAGCGUAACGAAAAUGAGUAUGAAUGAGACUAAGAAGAAUGAAAUAAGAGUGUGAUGUUUUCACUCAACUCGACCACGUGGCAUGUCUAGUCCAGUGCCAUGUAGUGAGCACUACCACAGCCAUAAAAAGAUGAGGUACUGUCUGUGGACCAUAAAUAUGUGUAGCUGGGUAAGGGGGUGGAACUACCAAAACCUGAGCAGGUAUACUGUAUAAGUUAAUUAAUUUAGAGCCAUGUUAACUGAUGAAAAUAUUUUUAAUUGUUUCGAAAGGUGAGCAAAGUGUGAGCCCGCAACGUUAGCUUAGCAACCUGUGUUGGAAUCGACGUGUGGAUCCUUGUCUUUUUGGGGAAGCGCAAUGUCAACAGCUUGAAAGCCUUUUAAAUCCUUUUAUUUUUUGUUUAUUGUUGCCUUAGUUGUAUGAUUUUAUUACUGUUGUAUGUUGUAACUUGCUUCAAAUCCAGUCAACUAAACAAUUGAGAAUUAACUGUUCUUCGGAAUCAAUAAUCAGUUAUUCUUUCUUCAAAUGUCCAGCUGUGUUUUUUUAUUUUCUUUAAUCAGUGUUAAUUUGCCUUUCCAUCCAAAGAAGCACUUUACGGGUUUCCUUUUUUUGGAUCAAAUUUCACAUAGUAUACAAAUAGCAUGUUCAAUAACACCAUGUGAUUCAAACUCAAACCAGAUCCACUCUGUGUUUAGACUGGGCUGGAUUUUGAUUUAAGUUUACAGUUUUUGUUUUCAUAUUUAUUUUGUUCAAUGUUAACAUCACAAAAUAUUAUUCCUCUUGCUGCAAUUCUGUUUAAAAGACAGGCUUAAAUCUUAAAUCUUCAACUAAAAUGUAAGCAAACUAUUUUGUACAUGUCCGUAGUCAUUUGCAAGUGCCUUUAGCUUGGUUUAAAGCUUUAUGUGUUAAAAAUAAAUUGAGAUUGUAUAGAGAUUACUCUAAUCGAAAUCGUCAAUCUUUGAAAUGUUUUCUAUUACAAAAUCUUAUAUCCUAACUUGUCACACACACUUUGCACUGUAAUGCCAUGGCCCAAUUGUAAUAUUAUUUUUUGCCAAUACCUGCAAUGACCCAAUGUGUGUUAAAUGUGGCUCCCUCUCAAAACUUUAUCUUCUGCAAUAGUGUUUUUAUUUUGUAUUUUGCCAUGUUGCCGACUUAUAAGAUAAACAAUAUUGUAGAUAA